AUGUAAUAAUACACAAAAUUUUUUAAAGGAGUCGUUAAACAACUGAGUAGAAAUUGUUAAAUACAUAACAUAUUUUUGAAGUCAAUGAUUAUAUAAUUGUAAAGUAUUACUUUUUUAAUAUGAAAAAAUAUUUUUAAAGUACUCAUAAAUAUUAAUUUGUGCGAUAACCGAAGAUGUGCAUUGUCGUGUUUCAAUGACGUAAUUUUAUCUUUAUGUCACGAAAAGUCAUAUUCUUCGGACAGAUUUCUUAAAAUGAAUUUAAGAAUAUUUUUAUCAAGCUGUUCAAAUUAAAAAUCAGCUGAUUAAAAAAAGUACAAUCAAAAUAUAAAUUGAAAAAUGAAGUUACGAAAAGAGUUAAUUUUUCUUUUACUGAUAAUGUCUGUUACUUCGGAAUCAAUCAUUUCCAAAAAACGAUCUGAUACUUCUGAAGAAGAAACAGAAGAAGAUGUUAGUUUAGAAGAAAAUGCAUUUGAACAUUUGCAAGAAUUAAAAGCUUUACAUGAUACAAUUCUGAAGAUUGUACCAGCUUCUGAACCAUAUCAUCUCAAUGAUAAAAUUACAAAACAAAAAGAGGAAACAGAAAAUGAACCAAAAACAAAGAAUGAAAAUCCAGUAAUGAAGAAUGUUUGGAUGAAAGCAAUGAUAGCUCAAACUAAAAAUAUAGAUUUACCAAAUAAUAAUUUAAGAAUUGAAGAAGAAGAUAGUGAAGUAUGGAAUGAUGAAGAACAACUUGAAGCAUUUAAUGAAGAAACUCAGGAACCACUUACUCCAGAACAACAAGAAGCGGAGAUGAUAUUUAAGAAGGCACAAAGUCUCUUAAAUGCUACACGCACAAAUAAGGAAGAAGCUUAUAAAUUAUUAACAUCUGCAGCAAUUCUUGGACAUCGUGAAGCUUGGUCUAUGAUAGCAUGGGCUCAAUUAUUAGGAACUCAAUCUGGUUCAGCUUCUGGUCAAGAUAUUCCAGCAGCUUAUGAGAUAUUUAAAGAACUUAUUGAAACUGGUUUACCAUCUGCUCAUAUGGGUAUGGGCUUUUUAUAUGCAACUGGUUUAGGUGGAGUACAAGCUUCACAAGCAAAAGCAUUGCUUCAUUAUACAGUAGCAGCUCUUGGUGGAGAUACUCGUGCACAAAUGGCUUUAGGUUAUCGUCAUUGGGCUGGAGUUACAACUCCAGCUUCAUGUGAAAGAGCUUUAGAUUUUUACCGUAAAGUAGCCAACAAAGUUGCAGAAGAAGUUUCUCUCAGUGGAGGUCCAGUUGUUCAGAGAGUUAGACUUCUAGAUGAACAAGAAAAUCCUGCAUAUAGCUCAGGAAUCUUUGACCAAGAUUUAAUAGAAUAUUACCAAUUAUUAGCAAAAAAAGGAGAUAUACAAGCUCAAGUAGGAUUAGGACAAUUACAUUAUCAAGGUGGAAGAGGUGUACCAUUAGAUCAUGAAAGAGCAUUACAAUAUUUUCAACAUGCUGCUGAUGCUGGAAAUCCUCUUGCUAUGGCUUUUUUAGGAAAAAUUUAUUUAGAAGGCAGUGACAUAGUAAAACAAGAUAAUGAAACAGCAUACAAGUAUUUCAAAAAAGCUGCUGAACUUGGAAAUCCUGUUGGACAAAGUGGUUUAGGACUUAUGUAUCUUUAUGGAAGAGGAGUUGAAAGAGAUACAGCGAAAGCUCUUCAGUAUUUUAGCCAAGCUGCAGAACAAGGAUGGGUUGAUGGACAACUUCAACUUGGCAACAUGUAUUUUAGUGGCACAGGAGUAAGACGUGAUUAUAAAUUAGCCAACAAGUAUUUUAGUUUGGCUAGCCAAUCUGGUCAUGUUUUGGCAUUCUAUAAUUUGGCACAAAUGCAUGCUACUGGUACAGGCAUGAUGCGUAGUUGUCCAGCUGCUGUUGAACUUCUGAAAAAUGUUGCUGAAAGAGGCAAAUGGAGUGAUCAAUUAAUGAUUGCUCAUACAGAUUAUAGAGAAGGUAGAAUAAAUGAAGCUUUCGUCAAUUAUGCUCUCCUUGCAGAAAUGGGUUAUGAGGUAGCACAGAGUAAUGCUGCAUUUAUACUGGAUAAAGGAGAGACUACAAUACUAUCAGAAGAAGAAGGAUUAGUUAGAGCACUUGCUCUAUGGGCUAGAGCUGCUGCUCAAGGAUAUUCUGCUGCUCAGGUCAAAUUAGGAGAUGCUCAUUAUUAUGGACGAGGAACAAAAGUUGACUAUGAGGCUGCAGCUAGCCAUUAUCGAUCAGCUUCUGACCAACAACACAAUGCUCAAGCAAUGUUUAACUUAGGAUAUAUGCAUGAACGUGGCUUGGGUUUGGCAAAGGAUCGACAUCUAGCCAAACGAUGCUAUGAUCUAGCAGCUGAAGCUAGUCCAGAUGCAAGAAUUCCUGUAGCACUGGCACUUAUUAAGCUUUCAUUUCUUUUUGGAUUGGAUUAUCUACAAGAAUUUAGUCUUGCUGAUCAUUUAAAUAAAUGGGAUCAGCUUUUAGGUCAAAAUUGGGAUUUAUAUCUCAUUGGACUACUUACAGGCAUGCUUAGUUUAAUUAUUUAUUUCCGCAGACCACAACCACCACCUCCACCUAGAAUUAACUAAUUUUUAAUUAUUUUUUCCGAAUCCAUUUCUCUUUAUCUUCUAGAUGAAAUGAAGUUUGUUACUGAUGGUUCAUAAAUACAUGCACAUGUGUGCAUAUUGA